CACCGCCUGGAAUUUGGCAUUGUUUUUUAUAGAAUCUAGAAUCGGCCCAGAAUGAGCACCUAUCUGCAGAGCAGCGAGGGAAAAUUUAUCCCGGCAACCAAGCGCCCGGACGGCACAUGGCGCAAGGCACGCAGAGUUAAAGACGGCUACGUGCCACAGGAGGAGGUGCCACUGUACGAGAGCAAGGGCAAGCAGAUUGUGGCACAGCGGCAAUCCGGGGUGCCGCCUGGCAUGUGUCCUCUUAUGGCCGCCGAGGCGAAGAAGGAGCGCGAGAAGCAGGAGCGCACCAGAGCCAAGAAGCUGGACAAGGAUGUGGCGAGGAAUUCCAAGGCACCAACGCCGGCUGUUCCAACUACGCCAGCCAGCACAUCGCAGGCGCCAAAACCGAACCAACCCUCAAAAAGCCGGGAGGUCGACGCCAUAUCCAAGACUCUCGAUGAAAAGCUGAAGCUAGAUGCACCUCCCGAGAUAGAUGCUGCCAAGCAGCUGAAAAAGCUUCGAAAAAAAAUCCGCGAAAUCGAGCAAAUCGAGACUAGGAUCAAAGCUGGCGAGCAAAAGAAGCUCGACAAGGAUCAGUUGGACAAGGUGAAAAAGAAGUCGGAGAUCCUGCGCCAAAUUAGAGACUUGGAGAACCAUCCUGCCCAGCACCGAUCAUAGCCCUAAGUCAGAAGUCAGAAUUCAACUUCCACUCUUUUAGCCAGAGCCAGAGCAUUUGUAAUGCUUGCCACUCACCUUGUAAACAGAUCAAACAUUGAGAGCCGCCUCUACACAAAUAAUACCUUAAAUGCAUACGUCUGUUACAUAGUUAUAUUAGUUUUAGCCGAGAUGUCAAAGCCAUUUAGUAAUUUUAAAAAUAUUUUAUUAACGUCCGUCUGUCUUUAAAGUUUAAACUUAGUUUAUACGAAUGGAGGGAAUGUCGAGUUUAUUUAUGUAUAGGUAACUUUGUAAAUCAAAUUUAAUAAAUUAAACCCAUUAAAUGCAAACACUUUUGAACUAUAAAUCUA